AAACAUGACCGACCUUCUGCCCUCACCCUCCGUCUUGUCUCGCCUUUUAGGCUGUGAUUGGUCGUGACGAGACUCGGAAGUGUCUUCGAAUCAGAGUCCCAGAGGAGGACACUCUAGCCUUGAGCGCUUGGUCGCUUUCUGUCCCACACUUGGAGCGGGGAACCGGCGUUUUCCGGUCUUUCCUCGAUGGUAUCUUCGGAUGGAUAGAGGGGACCGCGCAAGACAUCCCAGAGCCUGUCAUGGAGGACACCAGCGAGGAUGCCUCGAUCCAUCGAUUAGAAGGCACUGAUCUGGACUCUCAGGUUGGCGGUCUUAUUUGCAAGACCAAAAGUGCAGCCAGUGAGCAGCAUGUCUUCAAGGCUCCUGCCCCCCGCCCUUCAUUGCUGGGACUGGACUUGUUAGCUUCCCUGAAACGAAGGGAGCGAGAGGAGAAGGAUGAAGGGGAGGAUAAGAAGAAGUCCAGAAUUUCUUCCUACAAAGACUGGGAAGAGAGCAAGGAUGACCAGAGAGAUGCUGAGGAGGAGGGUAGUGACCAAGCUGGCCGACAUAGCCGAAAAGACAGACAUUAUCGAUCUGCUCGGGUAGAGACUCCAUCCCAUCCUGGUGGUGUGAGUGAAGAGUUUUGGGAACGCAGUCGGCAGAGAGAGCGGGAGCGGCGGGAACAUGGUGUCUAUGCCUCGUCCAAAGAAGAAAAGGAUCGGAAGAAAGAGAGAUCACGGGAUCGAGACUCUGACCGCAAGAGAGAGAGAGAUGAGAGGGACAGAAGCAGACACAGCAGCAGAUCAGAGCGGGAUGGAGGGUCAGAGCGCAGCAGAAGAAAUGAGCCGGAGAGCCCGAGACACCGACCUAAAGAUGCAGCUACCCCUUCAAGGUCUACGUGGGAGGAAGAGGACAGUGGCUAUGGCUUCUCAAGACGCUCGCAGUGGGAAUCGCCCUCACCAACUCCUUCCUAUCGGGAUUCUGACCGGAGCCAUCGACAGUCCAGUCGAGAUCGGGAUAGGUCUGUGAGGAGCAGGUACUCAGAUGAUACACCUCUGCCAACCCCAUCCUACAAAUACAAUGAGUGGGCCGAUGACAGAAAACACCUGGGGUCCACGCCCCGUCUGUCUAGGGGCCGAGGAAGACGUGAGGAUGGCGAAGAAGGAAUUUCAUUUGACACAGAAGAGGAACGGCAACAAUGGGAGGAUGACCAAAGGCAAGCCGACCGGGACUGGUACAUGAUGGAUGAGGGAUACGAUGAGUUCCACAAUCCCCUGGCCUACUCCUCCGAGGAUUACGUGAGAAGGCGGGAGCAGCACCUGCAUAAACAGAAGCAAAAACGCAUUUCGGCUCAGCGGAGGCAGAUCAACGAGGAUAACGAGCGCUGGGAGACCAACCGCAUGCUCACCAGCGGCGUGGUCCAUCGGCUCGAGGUGGACGAGGACUUUGAGGAGGACAGCGCAGCCAAGGUGCAUCUGAUGGUGCAUAACCUGGUUCCUCCCUUUCUGGAUGGGCGCAUCGUCUUCACCAAGCAGCCAGAGCCUGUGAUUCCAGUCAAGGAUGCCACUUCUGACCUGGCCAUUAUUGCUCGAAAAGGCAGCCAAACCGUGCGGAAGCAUAGGGAGCAGAAGGAACGCAAAAAGGCUCAACACAAACACUGGGAGCUGGCUGGAACCAAACUGGGAGAUAUAAUGGGUGUCAAGAAAGAGGAAGAGCCAGAUAAAGCCCUGACAGAAGACGGUAAAGUGGACUAUAGGACAGAGCAGAAGUUUGCAGAUCACAUGAAGAAAAAGAGUGAAGCCAGCAGUGAAUUUGCCAAAAAGAAGUCAAUUCUGGAGCAGAGACAGUACCUGCCCAUCUUUGCUGUGCAGCAAGAACUACUCACUAUUAUCAGAGAUAACAGCAUUGUGAUCGUAGUUGGAGAGACAGGAAGUGGGAAGACCACUCAGCUGACGCAGUACUUGCAUGAAGAUGGUUACACAGACUAUGGGAUGAUCGGGUGCACCCAGCCUCGGCGUGUGGCUGCCAUGUCUGUGGCCAAGAGAGUCAGUGAAGAGAUGGGCGGAAACCUUGGUGAGGAGGUCGGUUAUGCGAUCCGCUUCGAAGACUGCACUUCAGAAAACACCUUGAUCAAAUACAUGACUGAUGGGAUCUUGCUCCGGGAGUCCCUCCGGGAAGCAGACCUGGAUCACUACAGUGCCGUCAUCAUGGAUGAGGCCCACGAGCGCUCCCUCAACACUGAUGUGCUCUUUGGGCUGCUCCGGGAGGUGGUGGCUCGGCGCUCAGACCUGAAGCUCAUUGUCACGUCAGCCACUAUGGAUGCAGAGAAAUUUGCUGCCUUUUUUGGGAAUGUUCCCAUCUUCCACAUCCCUGGUCGUACCUUCCCUGUGGACAUUCUCUUCAGCAAGACUCCGCAGGAGGAUUACGUGGAGGCCGCAGUGAAGCAGUCCUUACAGGUGCACCUUUCAGGGGCCCCCGGGGACAUCCUUAUCUUCAUGCCUGGCCAAGAGGACAUUGAGGUGACCUCAGACCAGAUUGUGGAACACCUGGAGGAACUGGAGAAUGCACCUGCCUUGGCUGUGCUGCCCAUCUACUCCCAGCUGCCAUCUGACCUCCAGGCUAAAAUCUUCCAGAAGGCUCCAGAUGGCGUUCGGAAGUGUAUCGUUGCCACCAACAUUGCUGAGACAUCUCUGACUGUCGACGGCAUCAUGUUUGUUAUUGACUCUGGAUAUUGCAAAUUAAAGGUCUUCAACCCCAGGAUUGGCAUGGAUGCUCUACAGAUCUACCCCAUCAGCCAGGCCAAUGCCAACCAGAGGUCGGGGCGAGCCGGCAGGACGGGCCCAGGUCAGUGUUUCAGGCUCUACACCCAGAGUGCCUACAAGAACGAGCUCCUGACUACCACAGUGCCUGAGAUCCAGAGAACCAACCUGGCCAAUGUGGUGCUGCUGCUCAAGUCCCUGGGCGUGCAGGACCUGCUGCAGUUCCACUUCAUGGACCCGCCCCCUGAGGAUAACAUGCUCAACUCCAUGUAUCAGCUCUGGAUCCUCGGGGCCCUGGACAACACAGGUGGUCUGACCUCGACUGGGCGGCUGAUGGUGGAGUUCCCACUGGACCCAGCCCUGUCCAAGAUGCUUAUCGUGUCCUGUGACAUGGGCUGCAGCUCUGAGAUCCUGCUCAUUGUUUCCAUGCUGUCCGUGCCAGCCAUCUUCUACAGGCCCAAGGGCCGAGAAGAGGAAAGUGAUCAAAUCCGGGAGAAGUUUGCUGUCCCCGAGAGUGAUCAUUUGACCUACCUGAACGUCUACCUGCAGUGGAAAAAUAAUAAUUACUCCACCAUCUGGUGUAACGAUCAUUUCAUCCAUGCCAAGGCCAUGCGGAAGGUCCGGGAGGUGCGAGCUCAGCUCAAGGACAUCAUGGUGCAGCAGCGGAUGAGCCUGGCCUCGUGCGGCACGGACUGGGACAUCGUCAGGAAGUGUAUCUGUGCUGCCUAUUUCCACCAGGCAGCCAAGCUCAAGGGAAUUGGGGAAUAUGUGAAUAUCCGGACAGGGAUGCCCUGCCACUUGCACCCCACCAGCUCACUCUUUGGAAUGGGCUACACCCCAGACUACAUAGUAUAUCAUGAGCUGGUCAUGACCACCAAGGAAUACAUGCAGUGUGUGACCGCAGUGGAUGGAGAGUGGCUAGCAGAGCUGGGCCCCAUGUUCUACAGUGUAAAACAGGCAGGAAAGUCUCGCCAGGAGAACCGCCGACGGGCCAAAGAGGAAGCUUCUGCCAUGGAGGAGGAGAUGGCACUUGCUGAAGAGCAGCUGCGAGCCCGACGGCAGGAGCAGGAAAAGCGCAGCCCCCUGGGCAGUGUCAGGUCUACAAAGAUCUACACUCCAGGCCGGAAGGAGCAAGGGGAACCCAUGACGCCUCGCCGCACACCAGCCCGCUUUGGGCUCUGAGCUGAGGCUUUUCCUGCAGAGAAAGUCCUGAGCCUUGUGGCUAGAGCGCCCCGGGCCUGCACAAAACCCUUUCAUCUGUGUGCUUUCAUCCGUGUACAUCCUGGCCCCUGGGGGAAGCCCCUGCAGGGGCCAGCUCUGCCGCGGAGGGAGGAGGAGUUCCUUAGUGCCCACCUGGGCUGCAGAGCAGCUGAGCUGCCGGGGCAGCAGGAGGGGGCCGGACCCAUUGUAUCCAAAUAAACCAUUCCUUGGACGCUUGGUGUACAAAUGACUUGGCUGUGACUAUGGUUUUUUAAAUUCUGUGUAAAGCAGCAAAAUAGAUCUAGAGGGAAUUGUAAUUUGGUUAUAAUUCAGGAUUUGGAAAUAAAUUUAUUGUUUGUAAAA